AGUCAUUACCACCGGCGUGUAUUACAAUCUGACUGUAUCUCCGCUUGUCCUUAGCCAGCAGCUUCAAACAAGACUCCACGUCGCCCGCUCUGGCCCCCGGGAGGCACACGACUCUGGUCCGCGGCUUCGCUAUUUUCACGUUCCUGACUAUCGAGCUCCCGAUAACCAGGGUAAGUCACAAUGGACGGAGACAGAUGUUGGGACAGAUGUUUGGUCCCGGUGUUGUUGAUCUGCAGGAUCAUACGACACUGUAUCGAUCUUAACAAUUGGAUAAGCACAUCUUCAGCUGAUAAGUAAAGUGUGUGUGUGUGUCCCCUCCUCCCCCAGAGCUGAUCCAUUACUGCUGUCAUCAUCCACCAAUAAAAAGCUAAAUCUGAACUAAAUCGUACACAAUAUCUUUGUGCGCUCUGGGUUUAGAAUUAUCUCGUGGAAAUAAUACAGGCUCCUGGUUGGCUACCCGUCGUCUCUUAACCAAUUACCUGAGCUAAGUACCCCUGAGUCCACCAGGAUCAGAGGUCAGGGCUCUGUAGGUCAUCCCCCACCAGACUGAGACCCUCAUCAGAUUACUGGUCCCACACACUGCUGGUGAAGGUCUGGAGCAGAUUAGGAACCAGGAGGACUGGUCUUCUACUUCCAUGACAGGUUCAACCAGGACCUGCUUCGGAGGUGGAAACCAAAGAGGUUGAAAUAUAUACUGGAGGCUUCCAGCUGAAGCUUUGCUCUCUAAAGAGUGAAGAGAAGGUUCAUACGUCUCAUUUUAUGAACAUCACAGUAAAUCAGCGGGGUUUCAUUUUUGACAAGCUUUUAUUUUAGAAAACAAAACCCCUGAUUACUGAUUGGUUGUUCUCUCUAUAGACCUGGGAACUCCUCAGGAGCCAUACGUCUACUGUCCCUCGUCAUUAGAUCUAGGGUUAGGUUGGUUGAGGGGUUAGGGGCACUGGCUAGAGUUAGGGUAUUAGAGUUACAGUGUUGGGGUUUUAGUGUUAGGGUUAAGGUAUUAGGGUUAGGGUGUUAGGGUUAGGAUAAUGUGAUUUACUCAUAGAUCUCCCUGCGUCGUCCGCCGACUUCGCAGUUGAAUAGAGACCUAUGGCGAUGCACUGGUCGACGUGUGUCACUUAGUGCAUUCCCCAGCAUUUACACUUUGACCCAGGGCAGGGAGGCUAAAUGGAGGGGAACAGAAUUAAGAAGAGGUGGUGUUGAUACACCAAGAACUCUUCUCCGCUCGGAUAAGCGCGUGAAAAUUAAGGUGAGCAGAAUAGGUAAUAUUGUGGGUUGGGUUUAGGUAAGUGGUUAGGGUUUGAGUUAGGGUUAGGGUGUUAGGAUUAAGGUGUUAGGGUUAAGGUGAAGGUAACCCUUUACAACCUGUCACUCAUGUUGGCCUUACUGUGUAAGUGAAUGGGUGUCCACACAGUGACUCUCAAUGGGUUCUGAUCGAGGACACACUCAUAUUUAAUCUACUGUUCUUUAAUCCCUUUGUGCUGACCACUGCACACUAACUGAGGCUAUAAACCAGCCGUAUUUACAUAUUCUUACAUAAUUAAUUAAUUUGUGUGAAGAGGAAGAAAAGUAGAAUUUUGAUAUUAAUGGCAAGCUCACAAUACAGUGACUGGAAAAGUUACAAAACAACACCCUUCCUUCUGAAAUUAUUUAGUGUGUCCAUACAAAUCCAUAAAGUCCUAAAAUGGUCUCUAGUCUUACAGGCAAAACAUAAUACACAUGUUUACAAUAUAUUUUUUAUUGUGGGGAAAUAUGCAGAAUAUUGUGAUUAUAAACAAGAAAAGCACCUCUGUAAAUACCAAUGGCAUAACAAACACAGUAUUCAAUGUGCAUAUGAAAAUCAUAUUAGCAUGUCACCAGCUCUGGGAUGUUUGUGUUGAUGUUGACUUCAGGAACACCCAAAAGGAUCCAAAGAUUAAUGUGAGGGGUCCCCCAAAUAAGUAAACAGUCAAAGAAAACGUUUUUUUAAAUCACAUUUCUCCCUUGUCUUCUCUGUCAUGUGUUAAAUUAUGUGUACUAUUAUCUCGUUAAUAAAAGCAUGAAUAUAAUAAAUGAAUAGGAACAACAUUCUUGUAACUGCUUUCAACACGUGUCUAAUAGUUAGGGCACAGCCUUCAUGAGAGAAGGUAUGAUCUAUAAACCAGUAUUCAGUUUCUGGUUCUUUGUCUGGAACCUUCCUGAACUGUAAUGUUGGGCAAUGCCAUGAGGUGGCACCGUGGUAUUACAAAUAAAAAAGGGUGAGGCCUGAAGAGAUGAGCGUUUCGGUGGAUGUCUUGGUAGUAAUAAGGGAGACCAAUGAUGUAGUGUGUAUGUGAGAUGGUUUAUGGUGGGUGGCAUAUUUUUAUUAAAGGCUAAAGGAAUAUUGCAGCUAAUAAUGGCAGUCUGUUAUCUCUCUGUAAACACUGGAUGUGUUUCCUCUGUCAUGUCAGAACCAUGGAGAGGGGUUGUGUGGAAUGAUGCACUAGAAUAGUGUUUGUAUGACGUGAGCCGGCAGUCAUACCUUCUGCCCCUGCCUUGGACGACAGGACACAUGUAUUAUGAACACGUGUAUGUUAGAUUUCUAUGUCCUCGAGACACAAUAUAUCUGAUGUACAUACAGAUAUGGCUGAAAUAUACAUGCAAACAGCAGGUUUAGAUAUCAUGGUUUAGUUCCAUGUUUGACCCCUUUUUCAUCUAAAUUCCUAUUAUACUAUUUUUAUGACUUCAUGCUCAAGAAGAAAAACACACAAACACACGUGUGCGUGCGUGUGUUUGUGUGUGCGUGUGCAUGCGCUGCACAUUGUUGUUCUGGAGCUGUGAAAUCUCCCAGUCACUGACGCAGACCGUACCAUUCCAGACCUGCUGAUAGGGAACGCUGUAGGCCCUGCCUGGAGUCCAAGUCCUCCCCCCCUCUGUCUCAGUAAAGUGGUCCUGCCUUGUUGCAGUUCCACGGAUGCUUCUGUAUCUUGUAUCCCCUCCCAGACACGGUUUCCUCUUACUCCUCCCCCACUAUAAUCCCCCCCGACUCCCCCCGUCUCCCCCUCUGGUACAUGGUGAGUGGGGAAGUCAUGCAUUUGGAAUAUAGCGUCUGCUGCUCCCUCUCCAUCCCAUGCGGUAAAGGGAAGGGAGGAGCUCUCUGGUCGCCUCUCUGCCUUUCUAUUGGUUCCCUAUAUCUUACCUCUCGGUAGUACCGGCCCACCCCUCCUCCGCUCUCUCUCUCUAUUCCUGUCUCAGAUGCGGUUGCCUGGGCAGCAGGGAGGGAGGCUUUACAGUCACUGCAUGCAUGGGUGAAGAGAGCUGGUGGGUGAGAGAACGAGAGGAGAUCAGCUCUACCUCCAUCCUCCUCCUUUCAUCUGUUUGAGGGUAUUGGUCCUGGUGAGGUGGGGGCUUGUUACGAGGGCUUGUUACCGUGGACUGGCAUCUCUGUCAAAAACCUUUUUCGGAGGACUUCCCGAAAGCGAUUUAAAAAGCUUGUGUUCUUGGUGCGGUCAGCAGUCGGAGGCCAGCCAUGGCUCAUGCCGCGGCUCACAUUAAGAAGGCCCGGUCCGAGAUGGAGCAACCUCCGGACCUGAAGGCUCUGGAGAAAGCCAAAGAGAGGAGGAAGCGUUCCCGGGAACGGGCUGAACGCAAGCGCAAGUCGGACAGCAACACCAGUUUCCUGCGAGCGGCGAGAGCGGGGAACAUCGACAAGGUUCUGGAAUAUCUCAAAGGGGGCGGUGACAUCGGCACCUCCAAUCAGAAUGGUCUCAAUUCACUGCACCUGGCAGCCAAGGAGGGCCAUGUGGACCUGGUCCAGGAGCUUUUGGAGCGAGGUGCUGCAGUAGAUUCGGCCACAAAGAAGGGAAACACAGCACUUCACAUAUCCUCCCUCGCUGGUCAGGCUGAAGUAGUAAAGAUCCUGGUGAAACGAGGAGCUGACAUCAACACACAGUCUCAGAAUGGGUUCACUCCUCUGUACAUGGCUGCCCAGGAGAAUCACAUGGAUGUGGUGCGAUACCUGCUCGAGAACGGAGGCAACCAGAGCACCGCGACUGAGGAUGGCUUCACCCCUCUGGCCAUUGCCCUCCAGCAGGGCCACAACCAGGUGGUGUCCGUCCUCCUGGAGAAUGACACCAAAGGAAAGGUCCGCCUGCCUGCCUUGCACAUCGCCGCACGCAAGGACGACACCAAGUCCGCCGCCCUGCUCCUCCAGAAUGACCACAACGCCGAUGUCCAGUCCAAGAGCGGGUUCACCCCUCUUCACAUCGCGGCCCACUACGGCAACGUGAACGUGGCCACGCUGCUGCUGAACCGAGGGGCCGCAGUGGACUUCACGGCCAGGAAUGGGAUUACUCCUCUGCACGUGGCGUCCAAGCGUGGCAACACCAACAUGGCGGGCCUGUUACUGGACCGCGGCUCUCAUAAUGAUGCUAAAACCAGGGAUGGGUUGACUCCCCUCCACUGUGCGGCCCGCAGUGGACAUGAUGCAUCCGUGGAGCUUCUGCUGGAGAGAGGAGCCCCCUUACUGGCCAGGACCAAGAACGGGUUGUCCCCUCUCCACAUGGCGGCUCAAGGCGACCACGUUGAAUGCGUCAAACACCUCCUGCAGCACCAGGCUCCAGUGGACGAUGUCACGCUGGACUACCUGACGGCGCUCCACGUGGCGGCUCAUUGCGGUCACUUCAGGGUCACCAAGCUACUGCUGGACAAGAGGGCCAACCCCAACGCCAGGGCUCUGAACGGCUUCACACCGCUGCACAUCGCCUGUAAGAAGAACCGAGUGAAGGUCAUGGAGCUGCUGGUCAAGUAUGGAGCCUCCAUCCAGUCCAUCACAGAGUCUGGCUUGACCCCCAUCCACGUGGCAGCCUUCAUGGGCCACCUGAACAUCGUCCUGCUGCUGCUGCAGAACGGAGCCUCGCCCGACGUCAGCAACAUUCGCGGGGAGACUGCGCUCCACAUGGCAGCCAGGGCCGGUCAGGUGGAGGUGGUCCGAUGUCUGCUGAGGAACGGAGCGAUGGUGGACGCCAGGGCUCGGGAGGACCAGACUCCGCUGCACAUUGCGUCCCGUCUGGGGAAAACGGAGAUAGUGCAGCUGCUCCUGCAGCACAUGGCCCACCCGGACGCUGCCACGACCAACGGCUACACCCCACUCCACAUCUCCGCCAGGGAGGGUCAGGUGGAGACCACCUCCGUCCUGCUGGAGGCCGGAGCCUCGCACUCACUGGCCACCAAGAAAGGGUUCACACCACUGCAUGUGGCCUCCAAGUACGGAAGCCUGGAUGUGGUCAAACUUCUGCUGCAGCGUCAAGCACCACCCGAUUUUGCUGGAAAAAAUGGCCUCACCCCGCUCCACGUCGCAGCACAUUACGAUAACCAGAAGGUGGCGCUCCUGCUUUUGGACAAAGGCGCGUCCCCCCACACCAUGGCCAAGAACGGCUACACUCCGCUCCACAUCGCCGCGAAGAAGAACCAGAUGGAGAUCGCCACGGUGCUGCUGCAGUACGGCACCGAGACCAUCGUCGUGACCAAGCAGGGGGUCACCCCGCUGCACCUGGCCUCCCAGGAGGGCCACGCCGACAUGGCCGCCCUGCUCAUGAGCAAGGGCGCCCAGGUCAACGUCCAAACGAAGAGCGGCCUCUCUGCCCUCCAUCUCGCGGCCCAGGACGAUAAAGUGGCGGUCGGCGAGGUCCUCUCCAAACACGGAGCCAACCUGGACCAGCAGACCAAAUUAGGAUACACCCCGCUCAUCGUAGCGUGUCACUAUGGUAACGGCAAGAUGGUCAACUUCCUGCUUCAGAAAGGAGCUAACGUCAACGCCAAGACCAAGAAUGGAUACACUCCUCUGCACCAGGCCGCACAGCAAGGAAACACACACAUCAUCAACGUGCUGCUGCAGCACGGAGCCAAGCCCAACGCCAUCACUGUGAAUGGAAACACGGCCCUGGGUAUUGCGCGGAGGCUGGGCUACAUCUCUGUGGUGGACACGCUGAGGGUCGUCACUGAGGAGAUCAUCACCACGACAACGACGGUGACGGAGAAACACAAGCUGAACGUGCCGGAGACCAUGACCGAGGUGCUGGAUGUGUCUGAUGAAGAGGGUGAUGACACGAUGACGGGGGAUGGAGGGGAGUAUCUGAGGGCCGAGGACCUCAGGGAGCUGGGAGACGACUCCCUGCCAGGACAGUAUCUGGAUGGGAUGAACUACCUCCGCUUCAGCCUGGAGGGGGGGCGCACUGACAGUCGAAUGCAAAGUUCAGACCGGUCCUUCACACCCACCCACCAUAGCUUCUACUCCCCGAAACAUGAAUGCAUCAUGGAUGAGAUGCUCACUGGUCAGGUCUCGUCCCUGGCCAGGGACUGUGAGAAGGAUUCGUAUCGUCUGAGUUGGGGCACCGAGAACCUGGACAACGUGGCUUUAUCCUCCAGCCCCAUCCACUCGGGCCAUUCUUCUCCGUGCCAUGAUCAUGGAGACCACUGCAGCUUCCUGGUCAGCUUCAUGGUAGAUGCCAGGGGCGGGGCCAUGCGUGGUUGCCGGCACAACGGUCUCCGCAUCAUCAUCCCGCCCAGGAAGUGCAGCGCUCCCACGCGGGUGACAUGCCGCCUGGUGAAGAGGCACCGUCUGGCCACCAUGCCCCCGAUGGUGGAAGGCGAGGGCUUGGCCAGCAGGCUCAUCGAGGUGGGGCCCUCCGGAGCCCAGUUCCUUGGUAAACUCCACCUCCCCGCGGCCCCUCCCCCUCUUAAUGAGGGAGAGAGUUUGGUUAGCAGAAUCCUGCAGCUCGGUCCGCCGGGGACAAAAUACCUCGGUCCUGUGAUUGUGGAGGUCCCCCACUUUGCGGCCCUUCGGGGGAAAGAGAGGGAGCUGGUGAUCCUGAGGAGUGAGAAUGGAGAGAGCUGGAAGGAGCAUCAAUGUGAACACACGCAAGAGGAACUCAACCAGAUACUCAACGGCAUGGACGAGGAGCUGGACCCGCCAGAGGAGCUGGAGAGGAAACGCAUUUGCCGAAUCAUCACGAGAGAUUUCCCACACUACUUUGCGGUGGUGUCGCGCAUCAAGCAAGACAGUAAUCUGAUUGGUCCUGAAGGAGGUGUUCUGAGCAGCACUGUUGUGCCCCAAGUACAAGCAGUGUUUCCUGAGGGCGCUCUAACCAAGAGGAUCAGGGUUGGACUUCAGUCCCAUCCAGUGAGUGUGGAUGUCGUGAGGAAGAUCCUGGGGAACAAGGCCACGUUCAGCCCCAUUGUCACCCUGGAGCCUCGCAGGAGGAAGUUCCACAAACCCAUCACCAUGACCAUCCCUGUUCCCAAGAGCAACUCAGACCUGGUCCUCAACAGCUUUGGAGGAGACACCCACACCUUACGACUGCUUUGUAGUAUCACGGGUGGAACAACUCCUGCUCAAUGGGAAGACAUAACAGGAACCACUCCGUUAACAUUCAUUAAUGACUGUGUCUCCUUCACCACCAACGUGUCUGCAAGAUUCUGGCUGAUAGACUGUCGGCAAGUCCAGGAAUCUGUCAAUUUCUCAACUCGGGUCUACCGAGAGAUCAUAUGUGUCCCUUACAUGGCAAAGUUUGUCAUCUUUGCCAAGACCCACGAUCCCAUUGAGGCCCGACUCCGCUGCUUCUGCAUGACCGACGACAAGAUUGACAAAACCCUGGAGCAGCAGGAGAACUUCACCGAGGUGGCCCGCAGCCGAGAUGUCGAGGUCCUGGAAGGCAAACCUAUCUAUGCAGACUGCUUUGGGAACCUUGUUCCACUCACCAAAAGUGGCCAGCACCAUCUAUUCAGCUUCUUCGCCUUUAAGGAGAACAGACUAGCACUCUUCAUCAAAAUCAGAGACAACACUCAGGAGCCAUGUGGCCGCCUGUCCUUUAUGAAAGAAGCCAGGAACUACAGGUCACUCACACAACAUGCCAUCUGCAACCUCAACAUCAGCCUGCCAUCGUACUGCAAGGAGUCUGAUUCAGACCAAGAGGAAGAGACUGGCAGAACACUACAGAAAUAUGAAGAGACGCCGACGUCAGUCCUGAAAUCAGAGCUGAUUCGACAACCAGACCUUCUAUCCGACGUGUCAGAGAUGAAACAAGAUUUGAUCAAAAUGACUGCCAUCUUGACUGCAGACUCCACAGUGAAAUCCCCUUCCAUAGGAAGGUCUGGUCUAGAGAAAGGGACUGAGGAGGUUUCUGGAGAGCCAUUAGAGAUAAUGGAGAAGGACUUAGAGAAAGUCAAAGAGGACUUAGAAAAAGUCAGUGAAAUACUAAGAAGUGGAACAUAUGAGGGUGAGGCAGCAGAGGAGGCAGCGAAAGCAGCUAGGAUGGUCGAGGAGUGGGUUCUCCUCUCGGACAGUGAGAUAGAGGUGGUCAAAAAGAUGGCAGCCUUAGAAACUCAAGAGCCUGUCUUACGUGAAAGCAGAACUAACAGGGCUCCCAGACCUAAAGCAAUAAAGGACAGCGGUGACCUUAAAGAAUACCUCCUGGAUGCACCAGUGAGUUCCGAAAUAAAAGAGCCAGCCGUCCAAGAGAAAAUCACUGAUGUUGGACUCUGCAAAAGUGCAACGCUAACUACCCCAACCAAGGUGCAUGACAAAACAGCUGCUAAACCAGUCAGAAGGAAGGGGAAGGACCAUGAGCAGGCAGAAGAAUCAACAGAGGCAGGUCGUCUUCUGAGAUUGCCUUCAGCUUCUGGCCCAGGAUCACCUGUAUCACCAGUUGUUGAAGAAACUCCCAUUGGGUCAAUAAAGGCCAAAGUCAAAGCCUUACAACAGAAAGUGGAAGCAGAGCAAAAGAGCAAAAAGGUCCCUGGAAGCAAGGCCUCGCAAUUGCCUGUCAUCAGUAAACCCUCUCCAAAAGCCAAAGAAAGCCCUAAAUCAAAACGGGGUCCCCCGAAUUCCCCCAAAGCUAAAUCUGAAAAGCUUGAGGAGACUAUGUCAGUUAAAGAACUGAUGCAAGCAUUCCAAACGGGACAGGACCCCUCCAAAAGAAAGUAUGGGCCAUUCGAGCUCAAAACAUCAUCUUCGUCAAAAAUGGAGACAACCACAACAUCAGACACCAUCCAGUCAAAAUCCAUGACCAAAGCAAUAACCCCACGUGUCUCUCAAGAAAGAGAAGUAUCUUUGGAUUUCAAAAAUUGCAAGAAAGAGACCAUUCGGCAAGACGGAGAGAUAGACACCAAGUAUGUUGCUUCAGCUCAUUCUGAGCUAACUGAAACUGCAGACUUUGGAAAUGGUGGUCUUGAUGACAGCCCUGACAGCUUCAAACACGAGGGUGUGGCAGACUCCCUAAGUGCCAGCUCUGGAGAUGGUACCCCUCAUUUAAGCUCUGAGGACAGUGGCAAACAUGAGGGUCUUGCCACUCCAGACACAAGCCCAGAGAGUCUAUUUCCCAAAACUGGACAGCAGACCUCUACAACAUUGUCAGCAACUGGUACAAGAGUCAAAAAAGAAUUUAUUGACACAGAGAAGUCUGGACACUCUGUUGUAGGGACCACUGUUGACCAACGCUCGACAGAAUUGACUCUCCCUGUUUCUUCCACCACGGCUGCAGAUGAUCACACUAAAAGUGUUAGGAAGAGUCAGUCUAAGCCAUCUAUACCUCAACAGCUUACAAAGAGAAUGUCAGAGACUGUAGAAACUUUUCUUAGCGAUGACGAGAGCCCUGAUCAUCAGCUAGAAUUGUCUUUAGUUGGUUCUCCAGCCUCUAGAUCCUCUUCUCAGCGUCAUGAAAGCUUAGUGCUGCCUUUAAAACAAGACUCAGAUACUCUCAGUCCAUUAGCUGACGAGUCUUUGACAAUAAGCCACAGAGACUCUUUAGAAGAUAGUCCUCUCAUGGAUGAAAACUCCUCCCAUAAAUCCCCCGAUUCCAUUGAACCUAGCCCGACCAAGGAAUCACCCCCUCAAGACUCCUUAGAGAGCAGCCCUUUAGAGCAAAAAAGCCACCUAUCCUUCCUAUCAACUCUAGGUCCACCGUGUGAAUCCCCAAGCCAUCCAGAUACCUCCGAAGCUACAGACUUCCCUCAAGAUGCUUUGCGUGGUAGGCUGCUUCGAGACCAUGAGGGUAGUGCUGACGGUGACAGUUGUGAGCAGACAUCACAGAUGACAAGUUCCGUUAAGAGUCCCCUCUACCCUGAUACUCCCAGUUCUGAGGUAAACCCCAAACCCUCUGACUAUACAUUCUUACCUGUUCCAUCCAAAACGGCUUUCAUCCCUGGAGACCAAGAAGAAGAGGAUGCCUCAGACAGUUUUGAAGCUAAAAGAAAAAUCACUCCAGAGGAAGAGAUGUUUAAGAUGGCAGCCAAAAUAAAAACAUUUGAUGAAAUGGAACAAGACGCAAGGAGAAAAAAGAACUCUAGAAAAGAUAUGUUACCCACAACAAAUGCCACACAAGGGGAUGACGGCUAUGAAACAAUAGAUCACACCAGUGAGACGCUUUCACAAAAUAAAUGUGGGAUCAAUAGACCCACUGAACAGUCAGAGUUAGCUCAUUUUGUUGAUCCCCAUAUUAAAGUACAAACUCCGUCUCCUUUUUCAGCAGGUUUGCAUGAUGGACCCCAGAGCAAAGAGUUCAAGAGCGCAACAAGAUCAGCCACUGUCAGUUCAGAGGGGCCUCAUUCUGUCUCAGUCCACCAUCAUUCAAAAUCUACAUUGGAAACUACACAGGAGCAAAAAGUCCCACCAUCUGUAAAAGGUGAUCUAGACGGCACUGCCAAAAAGGCUGUUGUAACAACAUACACUGAAAACAGGACUGAUGAGCAAAAGGAGGAGAGUUUAAGGAAGUCAAGAGAUAACACAGGAGAUGAUAAUGAUGGUCAAGCGUUAAGUGUUAAGCUAAAACAAGUUAGCAAUGAAACGGAUGAGGUGAAAGGAGAUACAAAUGACAUUCCAAGCACACCGGAGGCUGGAUGCAGUGCAGCUGUUGCCACAUGUCAAACAAAGGAACUGUUCAAACCGAAUGUCUGCAUAUAUGAUGACACAGAGGGGGAUGAGCUGGCACUGGAGCCUCCCAGAACAGAGUCAAAGGGAGUCACUGCAAGGGUAGAAACUGACUCAUGGUCAGCCAUGAGGGAGGAUGAUGCCACUUUUGCAGCUCGUGUAAAAGAGGAGGACAAGAAGAUACUGAAUCUGGUGGUGGACCGUCAGUCUCUGCAAGCAACUCCAGACACAACACCUGGUAGAACGCCAACCGAAGAGAGCAGUUCUACCAGUGAACCCAACCCUUUUCUAUUCCAAGAAGGGAAGCUUUUUGAGAUGACCCGAAGUGGUGCUAUUGACAUGACGAAGAGAAGCUAUGAGGAAGAGGGGGGUGGAUUUGCCUUUUUUCAGAUAGGUGAACAACCUUUAGAUGAGCCUCUCUUAGAAGAGGUCAGGCAAGAAAGUAGAUCAGCAGUAGAACCUGAAGUUGGCCUCAAUCUAACACUAGUGGUUAAGACUGAGGAGACUAAGGAGACUGAGGAGACUGAGGUGACGGAGAGAGCACAAGAAGCAACAGAUUCUCCGCUUCAGUCCACACCCGAAGGUGAUCAGCUAACCUCUAAAACUGAUGCCUCCAAAUCUAAAAUCCCUAAAAUGGGCAUUUCCGCUUCAGCAAAACCUACAAAAAAAGAUCAGACAUCAGCUGAAGGUCUAGACAAAAAUGUUAACAAAGGAUGUCUAGAUUUAGACAAAAGUGCCCCUAACCAACUGAUUACAACUGUACAGACAGCCGAAACUACAGUCACUAGAUCAGUUUACUCUGAGCAGGGCCAAGAGUCCUCUGAUUCAUCUCCAGAAGAACCACAGUCAGUGAUAGGAGCGCCCAAACCAACAGCCAAGUCCAAAGAAAGUGCUUCCACUAGUGGUAAAAAGACUGCGGUCAAUACACAAGUUAAGUCUGCUCAACAAAGUAGGGGCAAAUCCAGAAUUCCCUCUCAAUCUCAUGCAAACUCUUCUACCGCUCAUAAAAAAGAGCCCUCCUUUAUUUCUGAAUCUAAAUCCAGAAUUCCCAUCAAGGCUAGCACUCCUAAGCUUGAGUCUAUUGUCAAACAUGCUGAAUCUACCAAAGAGAAAAAACUGAAGAUACCUGUGAAAAAGGAUUCAAGGAGAAAAUCUGAGACAGACACAGGUCCCUCCGUAACUAUCAAAACCAAGACACCAUCUUUCAAAGCCAAGAGCUUCUGUGAGGGGGAGUCUAACAGGCCAUCUGCUAAAAAAGGUCGCCCGUUGAGUUGUGAGUCAGCAAAAUCAAAAGGCUUCCAGUCCAGAUUGCCAAUCCGAGGUAAAAGUGGUCAGUCAUCUCAUUCAUCAACACCGACGAAAGAGAAAAAUGAGCAGUCCAUUGAGUUCUUUGAAGAGAUAAGCGAUGAAGCAGCUAAACUUGUGGCAAGAUUGGCAGAGACAGAGAAAGACGGAGACGUUGCAGCUGCCAUCUCGGAGGACGAAAGCAGUCUCAUAGAUCCAUCUAUUAUAGAAAGAGAAACAUUCCCUGAGAUGCAGUUCCCGCCCUCAGGAGACGUCUUUCCCAUUAGACCACUGUGGGAUAACCCUGAUGAGACACAGGUGCAGCGAACCCCAGAUGAUAAAGUCCAAAGUCAAGUAGAUCCACAGGAUGAGGCCGAGAAAAAAGAGCAACGAUUCACCAUUAUAGCCGACCACCUGGGCUUCAGCUGGACUGAGUUAGCACGAGAGCUGGACUUCAGUGAGGAGAGGAUUAACCUGAUACGGUUUGAAAACCCAAACUCACUGCAAGACCAAAGCCACGCCCUUUUGAAACUCUGGGCAAAGAGUGAGGACAAGCAUUCCACAGAAUCAACACUGAUCCAAAGACUAACCAAGAUCAAUCGAAUGGACAUAGUUCACCUCAUUGAAACCAAGAUAAUCAAGUCCACUCAGGAGGAGACAUCAUCACAUACUUAUGCAGAAAUAGAGCAGACCAUAACAUUGGACCAUAGUGAAGGUUUCUCUGCCCUUCAUGAAGAUAUCGACAGCCCCAGGCCAGGCCGGCGUACAGAAGCUGCAGGAAGGAGUCCAGGCUCAGGACUAGAGGUACCCAUGGUGUCGGCAGAGGACCUGUCCUCCAGUUUGUCAUCCCUUCAUGAGACAGUGGGACAACCUGGAACCGAUUCCCCAGAAACUGGCCUUAAUAGAAAUGAUCAGAAAGAGAAACAACAAAAAGAGAUGGAAAAAAUAUACUCAACACAAAGAGUAUACGAGGAAUUGACAGACACGGUACAAACAGGCAGUUUUAGACAAGAGAUAACAGAGGAGCUAGGGUUGCUGUCUUCUGAUAGCUCAGAGGAGGAGGUGCUGACUACCAGGGUGGUCCGACGCAGAGUUAUCAUCCAGGCGGAUAACCUACCUGAGAUCCCAGCACACAGCGUCACGGAGGAGAAGUACACAGAUGAGCACGGCAACAUGGUGGUGAAGAAAAUCACUCGGAAGGUGAUUCAUAGAUAUGUGUCGGCAGACGGCAUGGAAACAAAGGAAGUGACCAUCGAGGGCUCACGCCAGGAGUCGAUGCAGAUUGAGGAGGGAGACUCGGUGUCCAGGGUGGUGAAGAGGACCGUGCUCCACAGUGGAGGAGACCAAAAGGAGUUGACUUUUUCGGAGUCCCCGGCCUCGGGAGCCGCCGCUGCGUCAGAGUUUGAGGUGGAGCAAGUGCAAGGUCGAAAGGUCAGCAAGGUUGUCAAGACGACGGUGGUGAGAGGCGAGAGGAUGGAGAAGCACACGGGCGACGACUCGCUGGCUGCGGAUCUCCCUUCAGCCAGACAGGACUUUGAGAAGGCAUUGAGUUAUGCUGGAGGCUUUGGGAAAGUGCUCCUGCCUCAUGUAGUAGAGAGUGAGGUUGUGCAGAAUGACGGUUCUGUGGUUAAAAGAAGCCAGAUGCGUAAGUCUCUGACCCAGAAGAGGACCGUGGUGCGGGACGGCCAGGGGAAACACGUGCACCUGGAGCACCUGGAGGACCAGCCCGACGCCCUGCAGCCCGACGCCCUGCAGCAGCACCUGCACCGCCUGCUCCAACGCUACUGUGAGGACGACCACGAGGAGGAGGAGGAGGAGGAAGAGAACUUCCACUGACCUUCCACUAAAGCCUCUGGUGAUGUCACAGGUCUCCCUCAUAUCGUCCUCGCCAAUCACUGGAUUCAACUUUUUAUUUCUUCUUUUUGUUGACGCUGUGACACUCCUUCCUUCCCUCCUUCCGUCUUUCCUUUCUUCCUUCCUUCCUUUCUUACUUCCUUCACAUUGUGUUUCAUUUGCUCUUUUUGUGACCAAAGAUGGAACCCUUCAUUUCGGUUGGAUGAUGAUUCUCGGUUACCGAAGCUGGAACAAAGGUCAAAGGGGGCAUCUUGGACACGCCACUUCUUCGAUAAACAUUUGUACAUAGAGAAGAUUAAAAUCAUGCUUGGACUGGAGGGGGGAAAAAUCAAAGGAAUUCAAAGCAUUUACUAGAUUCUCCCACCUUGACCUGCUGUACAGCUGGAGAAUGGCCACCGUACAGACAAGAUUAGUGUUGCUGAGUGAAAGUGAACCAUGGACUUCCCCCCCGCCCGCUGAUCUGUUUACAAAGGUGUGUGUGCGCACGCUGUUUGUUUUCCCGUGUGUGUGUGUGUGUGUGUGUUCCUUAGAGCGUUACAAGUCGGAUAUAUGUUUGAUCCAAUGGAUUAUGGGAGAUUUAGUAGUAUUUUGGAGGAAGAAUCAUACUCAUGGCUUUUCCGAAUUUACAGUUUCCCAUUUUAUCGUGCAUCGUGACUCAUAAAAGAGGAUGAUAGUUUAUAUUUAGAUUCUAGCUCAUCAUUUCUGCCUGUUGUCAACUGUCAUCAUGUGUGAUGCUUUGAUGGAAGCUUAAAUUUCAUUUUGGCCACUCAAUUAUUUCUCCAAAGUAUGAGGCGUUCUCAUCAUAAUCCUAUUUAUUAAUAAUAAACCAAAAAGGCACCAAAAAGUGACAUCGCUUUAUCUGAGCUAGGGAUCAUAUUUAAAAAUAACGCUGUUUCUUGGCUUACAGACAUCCGUAGAAACUCAAUUGAAGGAGGUAUCAUGAGCAUUUAUUAUAACUAAAUCAUGUACACCAGAGGUCCCCAACCUUUUUUGAGCCACGGACCGUUUCCGUGUCAGAAAUUAUUUUCACGGACCGGCAAUAUAAAUGACGUAAUAAAUAUGACGUCAUACAAUUAUACGAAGGGCAUAAAGUGCCAAAACUACAACUCAUCAUUACGCCGAAUUAGUGUGAGCCGUGCUUGUUUACCUGCAACGAGCCGCUAAUGGAGACGGCGACACAGACGUGUGUUUUGUCAUUAGAACACCCGCAGAGUUGUUGUGUGAAAUGUCCCUUAAGGCCACCGUCAUUUGCAUCUUGAACAAAUUUUCUUCUGAGUGUGGUGUGUGAGAGAGAGAAUGUGUCCUGAAGAUAAAAAAACGACCGUGUUUGAUCAAGUGUAUUUAACGAUACGAUCGUCUUGUGUUCGACCCGAUGGAAGAAUUGUCAAAAAUGUAAAUCACUGAUUUGAUAAAUGAGCAUCUUGUUUUCAUGCUAAGAAGAAUAUAAACAUACUAACAGUGCAAAUAUCUACGCGGGCAUGUAUGACGUAACAAUAAAACCUGGAAUGCUACCAAGCAGCUGCAGCAUAAUGCAGAACAAUAAACUGUAUACGAGUCAAA